AUGGGAGGAUUGGGACCCAAUCGCCGGGAAUUGGCCCCCUACGGUCCUCCCGUGUUUCAUAUCAUGGUACGACCCGGGGUCAAUGGGUUGAGUCCUCUCUUGGUGGAUCUACCCGUGUCCAUCGAUCACAAAACCCUGGAGGAAAAACCCUUUGGAUGGAGGGAUUGGAGAGGGCCGGCGUGGGUCAAGCCAAAACCAGAUCAUCCCACUUACAACGUGACUUCCUGGGAGGCCGAUACAGAAAGCAAUACCGUGACCAUGGCAGUCGAUCUCUUUCUCUACGAAGACAAAGAUUAUUCCAUUUCUUACACUUCCUCCACCAAGAAACUCAUGUGUCCAUCUCUGUUCUACGUCAUGCCAUCGGCUUUUUACUUGGAACCAAUCUCGGUGUGUGGAAAGUACCUGCUAGACUACUUUGACUUGUAA